AUGCCUGAGCCAUCUAAAUCUGCUCCGGCACCUAAAAAGGGCUCUAAGAAGGCGGUGACUAAGGCCCAGAAGAAGGACGGCAAAAAGCGUAAGCGGAGCCGCAAGGAAAGCUACUCCAUUUAUGUGUACAAGGUGCUGAAGCAGGUCCACCCUGAUACUGGCAUUUCAUCAAAGGCCAUGGGGAUUAUGAACUCCUUCGUGAAUGACAUCUUCGAGCGCAUCGCUGGUGAGGCAUCUCGACUGGCACAUUACAACAAGCGCUCGACCAUCACCUCCAGGGAGAUCCAGACGGCCGUGCGCCUGCUGCUACCGGGAGAACUGGCCAAGCAUGCAGUGUCCGAAGGCACCAAAGCCGUCACCAAGUACACCAGCGCCAAAUAAACAGUAAGUUGGCUGCAAACAACAAACGGCUCUUUUAAGAGC